UCCCGGUAAAUAGAAACAGAAGAAGACACAAAGGGCGGCCUUCAUUUAGCAACUUAUUUUAGCUUAAACGAAACAAACUAUUCCCCUGCUUUUAUUAAACCGAGACGCGGUUUGUUUGGGGGCAAGAUCCAUUCAUGUAUUGACUGGAGUUUAACAUUAAAGCACGUAAACAUGUCCGGAGCAUGUCAGGACAGAAGGAGCCGCUGGCAGGAGAUUCAGAAAGGCCUUCAGUUUAUUGAAUCAACUUUGCCGUUUCCUGGUAGCUCAGACCAGUAUGAGAUUUUUAUCAAGGAUCUUGUGUGGAACCUUUUUGGAGAAGGAAAUGACGUGUACAAAGAAGGAGAAUGGGCCAAAGCUAUAGAGAUGUACACCGAAGCACUGAGUGUGGCUGAUUAUGCCGAUUCUGAAGAUAUAUGUGUCUGCACUGGCCUCAUCGAGAAGCUCUACGCAAACCGAGCUGCCGCUUACCUUAAUAUUACAGGACUGUAUGACGCUGCUCUUGUCGACUGUGAAAAAGCUCUGCAACUGAAUGAGGGUAACUACAAAGCACUGUUCAGGAAAGCCAAGUGCUUAAAGGAGCUGGGCAGACACCAGGAGGCCUAUGAGGCAGUCGCCAAAUGUUCUCUUGUGGUGCCUCAGGAUCUCAGUGUCAUUCAGUUGACUCAGGACCUCGCCAAAAUUUUAGGAUUGAAAAUUCGAAAGGCUUAUGUAAGGACAAAGCCUGCCUUGAAUGUUUUACGUGGAUCUUCUUAUCAAGAUGCAUCAUCUGAAAAGUUUUGCAAUGGUUCGUCUUCAGUUGAAGAUAUAGAAAUGGAAGUGCCUCAGUUAAAUCCAGAUAGUGUUUUGGUUCCAGUCCCAGCUUCAAUCCAAGUCCCACUGCACUCACCCUUGAUAGAUGGAGUGUUGGAAGAGCGCCCCACCAGCACCAGUGUCUCAUGUGGGACCCCCUCGGACUCUAAGCCCCCGGGCUUCGACUCUGUGCACCUGCCCGUGUCUGUGCCCUCCUCCUCCCCCCUCCCCACUUUUGUGAAUGGUUGUAGGUCUAAUAAACGUGGCUCAUUACUUGAAUCAAGCUCUGAUUUUGACACGGACAUUAUUGGGGAUGAUUUGGAUGACCUUUUAGACCAAGCAGGCCCUGAUUCAGACAUGGGUAUACUGUCAGUAAAGGGGCCUCUUCCAUUGCCAACCAGUAUUUCAUCAAGUAAUUCAAUAUCAAGUCCAUUCCUAAUGCCAUCUAACAUUAACCCCUUUCUACCCACUAGUACUCAAACAUGCACUGUCAAUCUGCCCCCCUUGUAUCAUCAGUCAUCAAUAUUUGGUUUGCCUACUUUGCCCACUUUUGAGACCUUAGCCCCUUCGUUGGACUCACUGGAUACCCUCUCCAUAUCAGACUUUAAAUCAGAAUUUGCCCCUCGUCCAUUUAUUCCACAGAUGAAUAAUCAUGAUGCUCCCAUGGGAAUGCCACUGGGAAUGCCAGAGGUGAAGGGGAUCCCUGCUGCUGUAGAUUUGGCCAAGAACCCUUUAGCAGAAACUCAUGAAUUUAGACAAGCAUGUUCAGUUUGCUAUGUUAAAACAGGUUCUGGUGUAUUGGACUACACACUUCACACGGAAGAACAUAAAUGCAAAAAAGAUGCUUUACUUGGCAGACUUAAGCAUUCAACAGAUAAAACGUGGAAGUUAAUACGACCAAGACCUACAAAAACCCAAUAUGUCGGGCCCUAUUACAUUUGUAAAGAGGUGGCGGUUGGACAGGAUUGCUUGUACCCGGGCCAUUGCACAUUUGCAUACUGUCAGGAAGAAAUUGAUGUUUGGACUCUGGAGCGAAAAGGCUUUAUCUCCAGGGAGCUGCUCUUUGAUCCUUUCGGGCCCCACUCCAACGUCAGGCUGACGGUCCCAAAAAUCUUACAGGAGCAUCACGGCAUUUUUAUGUUCCUUUGUGGAGUAUGUUUUGAUCACAAACCAAGAAUAAUCAGCAAAACCAAUAAAGAUAAUCCUUCUCUUUGCUCUCACCCGGUGACAAAACAUGACUUUGAGUCCAACAAGUGCCUGGUUCACAUUUUGAAGGAGAACAUGGUUCGUUAUUCCAAGAUCCGACCCCUAACUCCGUUGUGUCAGCUGGACCUGUGUCGUCAUGAGGUGAGGUACGGCUGCAGCCGAGAGGACGAGUGCUUCUACGCUCACAGCCUCAUCGAGCUCAAGGUGUGGAUGAUGCAGCACGAACUGGGUCUUACUCCUGAAAGUAUUGUCCAAGAAGCAAAAAAGUUUUGGGCUGCGACAGCCUCAUUGCAGGGAGCACAGCAGCUUCCUAACACACAGCCCAGGUUUGGGCCUCCAAAUCUAAAGAUGAUGUUUGUCUGUGGCCAGUGCUGGAGAAAUGGUCAGUUAAGUGAAGCUGACAAAAACAAAAAGUAUUGUUCUGCUAAAGCCAGGCAUCCGUGGGCCAAAGAUAGAAGGGUGGUUCUAGUAAGUUCCAAUGAAAGGAAAAAGUGGACAACUGUUCGUCCACUUCCAACCAAAAAGCCAAUACCUGCCCAAUUUGAGAUUUGCAUGCAUGUAACUGCUGGUAAGAAAUGCCAAUACAUUGGCAAUUGCACUUUUGCUCAUAGUGUAGAAGAGAGAGAUCUAUGGACCUAUAUGAAGGAAAACAACAUUGGAGACAUGGAGCAGCUUUAUGAGCAGUGGCUGCUGUCACAGAAACCCGGCUGGGGUGAUGACUCCUCUAACAACUCUGUUCGGGAAAAUGGCAAACAGAUCCAUAUGCCAACAGACUAUGCAGAAGAAGUUGCUGGUAAUCAUUGCUGGCUUUGUGGUAAAAACUGCAACAGUGAGAAACAGUGGCAGCAGCACAUCACUUCAGAAAAACACAAGGACCGAGUCUUUAACUCUGAGGAUGAUCAGAACUGCUGGCAGUAUCGAUUUCCCACAGGCACUUUUAGAGUUUGUGAAAGGUUCCUCAAAGGCACGUGCACAGAGGACGAGUUGUGUAAACUGGCUCAUGGGGAGCAGGAGCUGAGGGAGUGGAGGGAGCGCAGGGAAUUCCUUUUGAUGAAACUUGCCAAAGCUAAAAAAGAUCAUCUUAUAGCACCGAAUGACAAUGAUUUUGGAAAAUACAGUUUUCUCCUAAGAGACAUUAAAUAAUUAACUGCAUUUAUGUUCAAGUCAAAAGGAAAAAGUUGAAAUGCUUGGAUUCAAGUUAAUACAUCAGGCUAUUCUUGAGGGCCACUAAAAGCUUCUGAUUUUAAAGGGCCAUCAUGGAGCGGUCCUAUGAAUUGUUUGGUUUUCUCUGAUCUGAGCUACAAGUGUGUUCAUAUGAAAACAACAAAUAGACACUCAAACGGUGGUGAAAAAAGCAUGUUAACACCAAUCACAGUUGUGUUCAAAUACUUAACAGAUGACAAAAUAAUUAUUUUAUUUCUGAAGUUUAUAUGUUAACUUUAUACCCUUACCUUUGAGAACAAAUGUGUAAGGGGUAAUUAAAAAUGAGUUAAUUUGACAUUAUUUUAUUCCAUAAGUAUACAUCAUUUUCACUUUCCAUUUUAUCUAAUAGUGUUACCAUUGUGAUGGGCACAAAAAAUAAAACAUUUUUUCAAAAA